AUGGGAUUUCACGAGAAGUGGCAGAGGUGGAUAUCAGAAUGUCUAAGGACAGCAUCAGUUUCAGUGCUCGUUAAUGGAAGCCCUACCAAGGAAUUCAAGAUGGGUCGUGGGUUGAGACAAGGAGACCCGCUAGCUCCAUUCCUAUUCUUAAUAGUAGCUGAAGGCUUUAGUCAAUUAAUGAAGAAAGCUGUGGAUACAGGGAGAUUCUUUGGAUACAAAUUCGACGGCGGCGAAAAACGAUUCUUUCAUCUACAAUACGCAGAUGAUACUAUGAUCAUUAGUGAGAAAAGAUGGUCUAAUAUUCGAACGCUAAAGGCGAUACUGCUGCUGUUUGAAACAAUGUCCGGGCUAAAAGUAAAUUUUCAAAAAAGUUCAAUAACAGGGAUUAAUGUAUCACAAGACUGGAUUAUAGAGGCGGCAAACAUUUUACAUUGUAAGGUAGGAGCAGUCCCAUUCACGUAUCUCGGGCUUCCAAUUGGGGCAAAUCCUAAUCGAAAAGAUACUUGGAAGCAAGUGAUAAACACUGUGAGGUCAAGGCUGAGCAGGUGGAAGAACAAAAAUCUAUCUAUCGGUGGUCGGGUCGUCUUAUUAAAAUUUGUUCUGUCUGCUGUCCCGGUUUACUAUCUUUCCUUUUUCAAGGCUCCUUCAGGUAUGUGGAAGUUGUUGUGCAACUGGAUAGGAGUGGUUUCAAACUUUCAAAAUGCAGGAUGGCAACAUCUUGAACAAUUCGAAGGACUCCUUGGAUCACAAAGAAAUUUAACCAUGAAAAUGAGAGUGAUAUGGGCAGCAGGCGUGUGGUGCAUUUGGAGAGGCAGGAAUAACAAAGUGUUUCGGGGCGAGGAAAUUCAAAUGCAAAAGCUGGUUGAAGAGGCGAAGAUUUGGAGAUGGCUCAAACUUAAAUCAAAUUCUAUAGCCGACGAUAUAGUCGCGUGGUGUAAUAAUCCUAAGGCGUGUAUCGGGAUUCUUGAUGGUUGA